CACGCUUCGAAUCUUGUCCUCAGCUCCCCAACAUUCUUCAUUAACAGUCCUUGAAGCAUUAACUUGCUUCUUGGUGUGUGUGUGUGUCUUUUUUUGUCUUUCUUGUCCUCGCAGCUCUUUCUGUAGUCGUCGUUUGUCGUCUCGUCGCCACCUCACUUGUCGAAUACCGUCGUCAACCGCAAAAGCCUAAAAACUAUUUUCAAAGCCGUCGACUUGCGUUAUAUCUCGGCUAUAUUUUGGCGAAAUGACGUCUCAGAUCACUCAGCAGUACGCUUUUCGUGCACAAAAAUCCCUUGCAUUAAUUGGAGGGACACCUGAUUAUGCACCGAUUGCCGGGUUCGAAUCACCAGAGGUUCCUGCGAGGACCUACGUCUAUAGUGCGGAUGGGAGGUUAUACGCUUAUGCGUUGCCGAAUGUCGUCCGAAUCUUCCAGGCUGAAGGUGCCCAGCUCCUCUCAGAACUUCCUCUCUCCAACGUAAUCGAGCUCUCGUUCUCACCUCGCGGAACGUAUCUCUCGACCUGGGAACGCCCCAUCAAGUUAGACGACAAUCAACAGCACAAAAAUCUGCGCGUGUUCUCCGUUUCCACCGGCGAAGAACUUGUCGCGUUCACCCAAAAGUCGCAAGAGGGAUGGGAUCUGCAGUAUACGAUUACUGAAAGCCAUGCGAUUCGUCUAGUCGCUCAGGAGAUCCAGGUUUUUAGGCCAACAGAGUGGGGGAAGGGAGUUGUGGACAAGUUGAAGGUCGAGGGAGCUACCAAGGCAUGUCUGAGUCCAGGCUUGAACCCAUCUGUGGCGGUAUUUGUUGCUGAGAAGAAGGGCGCUCCAGCCAGCAUCAAAAUCUACGGUCUCCUCACCCUCUCCGCAUCCCCAACCUGCCAAAAAACCUUCUUCAAAGCCGAUCGAUCAACAAUUAAAUGGAACCUCCUCGGCACCCAGGUCCUACUCCUCACCCAAACCGAUGUCGACAACACCAACAAGUCGUACUACGGGGAGACUGGCCUGUACCUGCUCAGCGCCGCAGGGAACUUUGACUGUCGUGUGACCCUAGACAAGGAAGGGCCCAUCCACGAUUUCGCGUGGAGUCCAAACUCGAAAGAGUUUGGUGUCGUAUACGGGUACAUGCCUGCGAAAACGGUGAUUUUCGACCAGAGGGUCAGAACGUUGUAUGAUUUCGGCGCCGCGCCUCAUAAUUACAUAUCCUUUAACCCUCAAGCGCGGCUUCUUGCUCUCGCAGGAUUCGGUAAUCUCGCAGGGAAGAUCGAUAUAUUCGACCGAAGGACACUCAACAAACUAUGCACAAUCGAUGCUCCAAACACAUCGUAUUGUGAUUGGAGUCCUGACGGACGCUUCCUCCUUACUGCCACACUCUCUCCUCGACUUCGUGUUGAUAAUGGCAUCAAAAUAUGGCAUUGCACCGGCGCUCUUAUGCACGUACAACUUGUCGAAGAGAUGUACCAAGCUUCAUGGAGACCUACCCCCGUGGAUAAUGUUCCGCCGUUUCCUUCACAAGGUGGUCCUCUCCAGUCUUCACUUGUACCUCCACCACCAAGUCCUUCCGUAUCUCUCUAUCAACUUUCUCUCAAAAACAGCGGUGCAGGUGGCUCCACAACCUCUCUAGACGGAACCCCUACCAAACCAGCUGGUGCGUAUCGGCCUCCUGGAGCUCGAGGAAACGCUACGCCCGCGAUAUUCAAACGCGAAGACGAGGGUGGAUUUUCGAGGACGCCGAGUGGACAAAAUACACCUGUGAGAGGGUAUUCGAAGAGUCCCGCUCCCCCUGGUUCUGCUGGUAUGAAUGGACCUGGAGGACCAGGUGGACAGGGAAGGGGAGGGAGGUAUGUACCUGGUGCCCCGCCUCCCACGAAUCAGAAUCAAAAUCCAUCGAGACCUGGGGCUUUGCCGAGAGGUGAUUCGGGAGGGCAAGGACAGGGACAAGGACAAGGACCGGGGAAAGGAGAUGGUCAAGCGAGGAAAAGGAAUAAGGGUGGAAAGAAUAAAGGAGGCGAGGGAGAAGGAGGAGGAAGAGAAGGAUCUGUGGGACGUGGACAGCAGGGAAAGAACGGCGCGAAUGGACAACAACGUGCAAGUGGAAACGGUAUCCAGCAAAACGCAAACACGAACGGUAACAGCAAGAAACCCACCUCCAUCGACUUGAAUGGCGUCAACGGUAAAAUCACUACUUCUACCUCUACCAAUGAGGCGAACGGUGAUGGUAACGUUGCCAAAGCUGCUUUGGCAUCUGCAGCUCUUACGCCUCUGGACACUGCAUUGUCGACGCCUGUCACACCUGGGCUGGAUAGUGCAUUGGAUCCCAUUGCGAAGAAGGUCAGGAACUUGAAUAAGAAGCUGAAAGCUAUCGAAGAGCUCAAGGACAAAGCUAAACGCGGCGAACGGCUCGAGGCAACCCAGAUGAAGAAGAUAGACGGUGAGGCGGAGAUUAGAAGGGAGUUGGCUGGACUGGGCAUUACAGAUUAGUUACUUAUACGGAUAUACUGGUUUCUAUAUAUGAGACUAAUGUUAUCAGGAUCUGUGAUAAUUUAA